AUGCAAUACUUCAAAAAUUCAACAUCCAUCUUCAUCGUCAUUCUUCUUCACUCCACCAUUAAUAUAGAGGCUGCCCGUACUUCACCGUCUUCCACCAAACCAUUCAUAUCUUACUCCUCCUCGCCAUUAAUUAGUAAGCUCAACAAGACGGCCUUAAAACCACCACCAUCAACAAUCAACCCUUCCAUUCGGUCUCUAUGUUUAGCCACCAAAAACACCAAGAAAUGCAUGGAGCUCAUCCUUCCUUUCGCCGCGGCCGGCGGCGCUACGGAUCCCGUUUCCAUUCUAAACGUGGAGAUCCAGUCGCUCUACGACAUGACGGGGCAAGCCAUCUCGACGGCCAUGAGGCUGAGCAAGGAAGAUCGAGCUGUGACAUCUUUGGAGGCGGACAGAGAGGUCCUCAAAUCCUGUGUCAAAACUUAUGGUGUUGCUGCCAAGGAGCUGGUGAAGGCCGGGCUUGCACUGUCCACUCGUGAUUCCAAGACCGUGAUCUUGAUGCUGCGUGCAACCGUGUCGAGCUUCAGACGGUGCGACAAAGCUUUCGAGAUGCCGGGGAGGUUGAACAAAGGGGUCAUGAUGAAGGAGAUUGAUCAAGUGUUGCUUGAUAUGGCGAAGCUUUGCUUGGAGAUCUCUAUGCUGAUUCAGAAAGGGGCGUUGUAG